CUACUCUCUCCCCCUCCCCCAAGCUCCACACCUUGUUUGACUCAACAACGACUCGUCUAACCCUUUAGCAGCAGCCAUGACAACUCCUCCUUGCCGGACCAUAAACGCUAAUAAUGCUAUCGCCGCGCCAUCGCCUUCGGGAAUGAUCUUCCACGGUAAGAGGCUCGUGAAAUCAAGCUCACCUGGCUUGAAUCUCCCGACGAAGAGAUUGGCUUGGAGCUUAAGUUCUCCGGGGAGGUUUCUCUCUUCUCCAGUGGCCUCUAGUUCUACAUCGGCGGCUGUGACAUCGAAUUCUACGAAUCGACUGGAAGCUUUAGAAGAAGGGAUUGAGAAGGUCAUUUAUCAAUGUAGAUUCAUGGCGUUUCUUGGAACUUUAGGAUCUCUUUUGGGAUCGGUUCUGUGUUUCAUCAAGGGAUGUCAGUACGUCGGAGACUCGUUUGUGCAGUACUCUGUGAACCGUGGGAAGGUGAUAUUACUUCUGGUAGAAGCCAUAGAUACAUACCUUCUAGGAACUGUGAUGUUGGUCUUCGGGAUGGGCCUUUACGAGCUCUUCAUUAGCAACCUCACAACUUCGGAAACCAUUUCACACGACAGUGUUUCCAAUAGAUCGAGUCUCUUUGGCAUGUUCCCCUUAAAGGAGCGACCUCAAUGGUUAGAGGUGAAAACAGUUAGUGAGCUGAAAACGAAGCUGGGACAUGUUAUAGUGAUGCUACUGUUGAUUGGUUUGUUCGACAAGAGCAGGAAAGUUGCCAUCACUUCUGUCGCGGAUUUGCUAUGUAUCUCUGCUUCUAUCUUUCUUUCUUCGGCUUGUCUCUUCUUGCUCUCUAGGCUCAAUGGCUCACACUGAGUUAAUCCUGUUGCCUUUUUUAAACAAAUGACACUUUGUAUUAUGUGUAUAAUGUUUUAGUAAAGUUUCACAUUCUCUUUUGCCUAUAUUGUACUUUUUGAAAAACUAAUCAAAAUAUACAGCAAUCCGAAUC